AUGAAGCUUAACUUCCAUAAGAGUGAAGUUUUGGUGCUGGGAGCUACAGGUGAGGAACAGGCCAGAGUGGCUAAUCUGUUAAACUGUAGGCAGGGUACCCUUCCCUUCAACUACCUGGGUUUCCCGAUGAGUGGACGCAGAAUCACUAUGGCUGAGAUGGAGCCAUUGGUGAAUUUGGUAGCCCUCAAGAUGGAGCCAUGGCAGGGCAGAUUCAUGUCAUCAGCGGCUCGCCUAGUUCUGAUCAACGCCUGCUUGUCAAACCUUCCGAUGUAUGCUAUGGGACUCUUCCUCCUCUCAGAUGAGGACGACAGCAAACUACUCUGGCUUCAACUCCUCAAGGCAAAAUAUCCUGUAGACCGGUUCUUCUCAACCUCACCGGUGGGAGGAUCGCCCUUCUGGCAUAGUUUGCACAAGCUUAAGGCUGUUUUCAAACAGGGUGCGAGAUUCUUCCCUGGUAACAACUCUGAUAUCCUCUUCUGGACGGACCACUGGACUGGGGAGGAGGCCCUCAGUGUGAGGUACCCUAGAUUAUUCCAGAUCUGUGCUGACCCGGAGAUCACAGUUGAGCGUGCUUAUGAGGGUGAUGGGUGGCGCAUCUUCUUUAGGCGCUCCUUCGGUCAGGAGGAAUCCAAUCUUUGGCUACAAAUGGUCCAGGACCUAGAGGAGGUGGUGCCGGGGGAAGGGAGAGACAAAGUCCUCUGGAAAUUAGAAGCUUCUGGCCGUUUUUCGAGGCCGCCUACCCUCGAAUGA